UGUGCAUGUUGACGCGCUUAGCAAUCUUUGAAACCAAUCUUAGAAAUCGUUGAAUUGAUAAUUUAAAUUCCAAAUUGCAUACUAUUGACAGCAAAAUAGCUUAAAAGUGAAAUUUCAAAACCAAAAAAAAGUUGUAAUUAUCAUCGAAAAUAUAGAAAAAGCAAUAAAAAUUUCCACCAUAAAUGGUGUAUUUUGUUGUUGGAUUUGUGUUAGCUACAUAUGUAUGCAUGUAAUUAAAGGAAAUUUUUCCGGAUAACGAUAACCGAAAUUCAAAACUAUUGUCAAAAAUUAUAUUUUUAUAGCUCAAAAUAAUUUUAAAAGUGUUGUUUGAAAAACCAACAUACUUUUGAGAUCUACGCUUGCCACACAGUUGUGUGCAGAAUCGCAGCGAAGUGAAUCGAAGUUUUCUAAAACGCAAUUACAGAAAUUCAUGGCGCUAUUAGCGCAAGCUUUAUUGAAGGCUUCAAAUCUUUAUUAAUUUCAAAUAUUUACUAAUUUUUCUAAAAAAUACCAGCUAAAAAACUUUGCACUGUAAAAUACUCGUAAAAAGUGAAAACUUAUAUAAUACCCAAUAAAAGCAAUUAAUUUCCAAUUAAAUUAUUACAUUCAACACGCAAUCGGCAAACUUUCCAUUUUAAUUGCGUAGUUUUACUGCGAUUUACAAAAUCUCGAUUUCUCAAAAAGGAAAAUCACUCGCAGCUAUGGAAAAACACGUAACAUCAAAUAAUGCUGCCGCCGUGCAUCACCAUCAUCAUCAACACGCCCAUCAACCGGACAAGAUAAGCAAAUAUCUUGUCAACACGGACAAAAGUGGCGAACUGACUGUCACAGUGCAGGGUGACCUGACGCAACAAGAGAAACGUGCCGUAUUUAUCACAGUCCACGAUCUGGGAUGCAAUCACAACUCAUUCCAGGAAUUUGUCAGCAGUCCAUGCAUGACCGAAAUCAAGGAGCGUUCCUGUUUCAUACACAUCGAUGUACCGGGGCAUGCUGAUAAUGCUGACCCCUUACCUGAUAGCUUCCAAUUCCCUUCAUUGCAAACACUUGGCGAGGAUCUAAUAACCGUUUUGGAUUUUCUACACGUCAAGUAUGUAAUUGGUCUGGGUGAAGGUGCUGGAGCCAAUGUUUUGGCUCGUUUCGGCUUGGCCCAUCCGUCACGAGUGCUCGGCUUGGUGUUGAUUAAUGCCACCGGAAGCGCAGCCAGUGUUUUGCAAUCAUUCAAAACCAAGCUUAUUCAAUGGAAAAGCGAUGACAUCGCACAAUCGGCUGAGAGCUUUUUAAUGUAUCAUAAAUUUGGACAUCAAUUGCUUGGUGAUAAUCCGGAUAAGGAAAAAAUUGUCACCGAAUAUCAAAAACGUUUGCACAGCACUUUGAAUAGCAAAAAUGUGGGACUCUACGUAAAGGCUUUUAUGAGCCGCAAGGAUCUCACAUUGAAGGGUUGCAAGAUUGAUGUAAUUUUAAUUACAGGCAUGCUAAGCCCCUAUGCCUCUAUGGUUGAGAAGUUGCACAAAGAUGUUGAAAAGGAGAAAGUCACCAUUUUAAAAAUAGAACGAGCGGGCGAUGUCUUAGCUGAUGCGCCCGCCAAAGUGGCUCAAUCGAUUUUGCUCUUCUGCAAAGGUCAAGGCAUUUUAACUUCUGUCGUUAUGCCUGGCGUUGAUCGCGGACGUGCUUACUCCAGCAGUUCGGGCGGCUCUGCAGAUGGACAAAAUGGCUCGCGAAAGCUUUCACGAGGAGUAUCAAUGGAGGAUUACGACAAGCCGAAUAUACGCCGAUUGAGUAUUAUCAACAACGAGUCACCAAAGAAAUAAAUCUAAAAAUUAAAAAAAAAGCAAAUAGAAAAACUAUUAAUAUUAUUAUUUUUUGCUAAACCGGGCAAAUAUGCAACAAAUUAAUGAUAAAUUGAUAUUUAAAUAUAUAGCUAUACUACAUACAUAUAUGAAACAUUUUUGAGCAUGCUAGUUAUAGUUACAAAUUUUUUGGUAAGCUUGUUAUGUGUGAGUAAAUAUAAAAGCGUCCGAAAAUACAAUUUUUGCUUGAAAACUAAUUAUUCUUAUUAAAUAAUGAAAAAAUCAACGAUAAAUUUGUUUCAUAAAUACUAACGGUAAUUUAAAAAUGAAAUACUCUUAAUAAGCUAAUAUGAAAUUAAAUAUUGCCAAAUUUAAGUCUCAAAAUUACAAAAAGAUUGCUUACAAUUUAUACAUACAUAUAUACAUUUACCCAUACAUAUGUAUGUAUGCAUAAGAACGCAUAUUUACAUACAAAAUAUGUGUCAGUCAUGUACAAUUUCUUCGAAAAUGCUUAAAAAUAGUGAAAAUAUUUGAAUGACUUGGAAGAACUGCACACCAGUAAGCCAGUACGUAUACUCAGUUUCAAGCGCGAGUAGUAAAAAGUGCUGCGAGACAUCAUUUGAAAAGCUGGAUGACAACAAAGAAGAAAACCAAAUCGAGUUUUUGCACUCAACACACAACUGUCAUGAAUACAUAAAUCGCAUCAUCAAAUGGCAUUGAACAUACAAACAUAAAUAUGAUUGAAAUAAAGUAUUUGAAAGAAGAAUUUUUCGUUUCUCGCACUCCAAGCAUAACCAAACCCACCUACAACGAAAAAAACUAACAUAUCUUCCAAAAAGAAUCAAACGAAGAACUUAGAAAGUAUCAACUAUGAAAUACCUCCGAAUCGGUUAACGUAAAGCAGUACCUUCAAAUUGCCAAAUCAAGUAUUCGUACACCGAAAUUAUCUAAGGAACUCUUUUUAGUUCAAAUUAUAUCCAGAACUUUUAAAAGCAUUUACAUGCACAGACAUAUUUUACUUGAAUACUUUGGAGAAUUUUUAAAUGAACACCAAAUUCAAAUAGUGCGUAGUUUCAAACAGAAUUAAGUAAAAAGAAGAUUUACUAUAACACAAAAAAAAUGUUUAGCUAAAAAUACUUACAUAAAAACAUAUAAACACAUGUAUAUGCACGAGGACGUUAUUUAGCAAUUUCAGUAGCCUUAAAAAUGUAGUGGCAAAAUGUUCUAAAACACAAAUCGUUGUAUGCUUAAAUGUAGUCAAAAACGCAGUAAAACACAAAUGAAA